AACUUUAAAAGUGAAUAUUCAUUCAUGUGGAUAAAAACAGUUAUUGGAAAUUAAACGAGAAUUAACGGGUAAUCGCGGAUGUGUGUAUGCGCCAUUUCUUGUGUUGGUAAAAAAAAAAAACUGUAUAUUUUUUAAAAAUAACAAGAUAUAUUUAAUAUCUAGCUAACUAUAGCUAGCUAGCUGGGUACAUAACUCAUUCAACUUAAAGCAACUAAAGGUUAUGUUCUCCGGCUACUAAAUAUACGUACUAUUGAUGGAGUAGUAGAUUGAUAUUUUUAUGGAAAAGUUACGUUUUUGUAUGAUAUUUUUGUUAUGGUUUUAUGUAUGCGUGGAUAUCGUGGAAAGUUCUUGCAACUGUUCAGAAGUUGUCUCUGCAGGAUGUGAUCCAGGAAAGUUCUUCACAAACUAUAACGGAUCAUGGGCAUGUUUUAACUGUCCUUCAGGGCAUUACUGCCCAGGUGGUGUAGAAUCUGCCAUUCCUUGUCAGUCAGGUUUUUAUAAUGACAAAGUUGGUCAAAGUGAUGGAAAUGCUUGCAAGGAAUGUCCCUCUGGUUACUACUGUCAACAACGUGGCAUUUUACCAGAGCCUUGUCCACUUGGAUUUUACACCAACAAUACGGGAAGAACAAGCUGUAUAAUUUGUCCCGAAGGCUACAGCUGUGAAGUUUCUUCUUUUAAGCCUGUGAAGUGUGAAAGUGGGUACUACAGUUCUCAGGGCAAUAUUACUUGUCAAGCAUGUCCAAGUGGAUACUAUUGUCGAAAUGGUUUACCACCAGUGCAAUGUUCUAUUGGUGAAUAUUCACCACACUUAUCUGAAAACUGUUUAAACUGUCCCAGAGGCUUCAAAUGUCCUGCUUCAGGCUUGUCAUCACCAGUCAUUUGUAGUGAUGGUUAUUACACAAAUGUAGAAAGACAAUCUUCAUGCAUGCCAUGCGAACCAGGUAGAAGCUGCGCUAAUAAAAAUAAUUCUGAAAUAUGUCCUGCUGGAACAUUUAGUCCAAGUGGUGUUCUUGGUUGUAUGCCAUGUGGUAAUGGAAGUUAUAGUCUUGAAGAAGCUUCGGCUUGCAUUCCUUGUCCUGCUGGGAAAUCUUGCUCUGAUUCUUCACUACCACCACAAGACUGUCCUGUUGGGUAUUAUUCUAACAUUGGAGACGGCAUUUGUAAACUAUGUAAUUUUGGAUAUAAAUCCAUUGGAAAUGGCACAGGAUGUGUACCAUGUGAUGCUGGGUUUUACUGCCCAAACCCAAGUUAUCGAAUGGUGCCAUGCCCUGCAGGAAUGUAUUCUUUAGGUGGAGCUAUUUCAAAUUGCACUGCCUGCCCUGCAGGUUUUGCAUGUCCAAAUGCUGCUUCAAGCCCCAUUGCUUGUGCUGGAGCUUCUUAUUCGACUGGUUUUGCUACGUCAUGCCAAACAUGUAGUGCUGGUUAUAAAUGUCCAGGAAGAAGCUCUAUAGAAGCAUGUCCUUUUGAUGAAAUCAAUGGCUAUACAUACAGUACUGAUGCAGAUGACACGUGUAAACCUUGUCCACAAAAAGCCAGUGGGCAAGUGUGUAUCUCACGUUUUGUGGUACCUAAAUCAUGUCAAAGUGGUGAAACGAUAAUAGCAAAUGGGACAGGUUGUGCUCCUUGUUCUGCUGGUUUUCAAUGCCCAGCUCCUGGUUCUGAAAUGACACAGUGUCCAGAUGGAUUAUGGUCACCUCCUGGUGCAACAAGUUGUCAAACAUGCACUUUAGGCUUUUACUGCCCAAAUAAUGGAUCUAUUCCUAUACCAUGCCCUACUGGUACUUAUCGAUAUGCUCCUGCCAGUACAACAUGCCAACAGUGUCCAGGUGGAUAUCAAUGUUCAAAUCCUGCUGUUGCACCUGUUGCUUGUCUUUCAGGCUAUGUAAGUGGUCCAGCUUCUACAGCAUGUCAAAUAUGUCCAGCUGGUUAUGCAUGCCCUGAUGUCACUGACCCAACAAAUAAUACAAUUUGCGAUGCUGGAAAGUACUCGAUCGCGGGUCAAAUGGACUGUACUUCUUGUCCUGAUGGUAGCUACUGUCCUAGCACAAUUACUGCCACAGUAACAUCAUGUCCACCUGGACACACCUCGAAUGCAGGUGCUGCUGUCUGUACGCCUUGCCCUGCAGGAUUUGAAUGCCCCACCACAACAGCUUCACCUAGUCCUUGUCCUAAUGGAAAGUAUUCAACUGGUGGUGCUAGAAAUUGUUUAUCUUGUCCAGCUGGCUAUAUGUGUCCAAACAAAACAUCAGCUACUGUUAUAGCAUGUACGCCUGGAUGGUACUCAACUGGGGAUGCUACAUCUUGUACUCCGUGUGAUGCAGGAAGUUACUGUCCAAGAACAGAUGACAGCAGCAAAGCUCCAUGUGAAGUGGGUACCUGGUCAACAUCGAAUUCCUCCUCAUGUACAUUUUGCCCUCCAGGUUAUGCAUGCCCACAUACUGAUCAACCAAUACAAAACCCAUGUCCAAAUGGGACAUACUCUCUUGGUAAACAAGAAGUAUGCAAUAACUGUGAUGCUGGUACAUAUUGUCCAACAACAAAGUCAAGACCUAUAAAAUGUCAAGCUGGAUAUUAUUCAGUGGGUAAAGCAACAGAGUGCAAAAAGUGUGAAGCAGGAUAUGAGUGUUCUGACCCAACAGAGGCUAACCCAUGUCCUGUUGGAACUUACUCACAAAGUGGAUGGACAUUGUGUAGACCAUGUGAAGUAGGCUACAUUUGUGCUGCUGCUUCAAACAGUUCAACCCCCAAAGAAGGUCUUUGUUCAAAAGGUGGUUAUUGUGAUGGGAAAACCUUCUACCCGUGUCCUCCUGGUACCUACAAUGAUAAAACUGGAUCUGUCAGUUCAGCAGCUUGUAUAAAUUGUCCACCAGGUUAUUAUUGCACUGGUCCUGGAACAUUUAACUACACUUCUUUUCAUUGUAAGACUGGAUAUUACUGUCCUUUAUCCACUCGAUAUUGGAACCAAUUUCCAUGUCCGGCUGGGUCAUAUAAUCCAAACAUGAGUAAAACUUCCUUGUCAAAUUGUUUGCCAUGUAAGGAUGGCUCAUAUUGUCCACAAGGUUCUGAAACAUUAACACCUUGUCCCAGAGGUUUUUUUUGUCCAAGCAGAACUGGAUCUGGUACAACAUUUGCCUGUCCAAGUGGUACAUAUUCAGGCAAUGAAGGUCUCAAAAGCUCCACAGAAUGUAUUAGCUGUCCUGAAGGUGCUUACUGUCCUGCGGGGACUGCUAGCAGACCAACUAUAGAGCCAAUCAAAUGCCCUGCAGGGACAUAUAAUCCUGACACCAACGCUGGUCAUCGACUCAAUUGCAAACCAUGUGAUGCUGGUCGAUCAUGUCCUGUUAGUGGUUUAAAUUCAUCAAGAGAUUCCUGUCAAGAAGGACACUAUUGUCCACCUGGUACUAUUGUUAGUAUUCAAUUCCCAUGCCCUCCAGGAACUUACACCAAUGCUACAGAUUUAAAACAAGCUGAGGAUUGCUUGCCAUGUCCACAGUCCUAUUCCUGUGGUUGGGGUACUGGUUUUCCAACAAUACCCUGGAUGCCAUGCCAAAUGGGUCAUUACUGUCCUGAAGGAACCUCAUCACCUACUAAAUACCAGUGUCCUGCAGGUACAUACACAAACAGUUCUUCUUUAUGGCAUCAAGAUCAGUGCACAAAUUGUGAGCCACGCUAUUACUGUUUGGGUGGAGAAUCAAGACCUCGUGGUCUUUGUCCACCUGGGUACUACUGCCCUGAGAAAACUAAAUUUGCCGAGGAGUAUCCAUGCCCCAAUACGACAUAUAAUCCAGAUUAUGGCUUGCACAAUAAAUCUCAAUGUAAACCUUGUACGCUUGGACAUUUUUGUGAAAAAGGAACUGUGAAACCUUACGAAUGCCCUCUUGGUACUUACAUGCCCAAUGGACAUAACGAAACAUCAUCAUCUGUUGUUGGGUCUCCUGCUGGAUACCAAGAUGACUGUCUAACAUGCACAGCUGGAUACUAUUGUUUGAAUGCUACUAUUUUACCUAAACCAUGUGGAAAAGGUUUAGUAACAACGCCUGGACAAUCUGUUUGCCAGCCUUGUCCAAAGGGAUACUAUUGUGAUAACAAAACCACAGCAGAAUCUGACAUGAAAGCUAAUAAGAAAUGUCCAGGUGGUAAAUACUGUUUUGGCAGCUUAACUGAUAUUUCAGAGGCUUCAGAUUGCAGUGAAGGACACUACUGUCCCAUCGGUACUGAAAGGCAAAUACCAUGUCCUGUUGGAACAUACAACCCUAACAAAAAUGGUGAUACAGUGAAUUCAUGUCUCCCAUGUACUGCGGGUUAUUACUGUGAAGACCAAACAGUAAAUCCUACAAAAAAAUGUUUGCCAGGAUAUUAUUGUCCUACAAACAUAACUUAUGGUGUUUCUGCAUUGCUCAUUGGUUCCUAUGGUGAAAAACAAGUUCCAUGUCCCGCACAAACUUACAGUAAUGUAAGUGGGACUAAAGACGUCAGUGAAUGCAAACCAUGUCCUAUUGGAUUUUAUUGUCCAGAAGGAACAGAUAAUCCAAAGAUAUGCCCAAGAGGUUCUUACUGCCAAGAUAAUUCCGCUGUCCCAACACCUUGUCCUAUUGGAACUUAUGGAGCCAGUGAACAGCUGCAUUAUCGUGAGAAUUGUACACUUUGUACAAGAGGAUGGUAUUGUGAUGCCCAAGGCUUGUCAACUCCAAGAGCUCAAUGUGACCCUGGUUACAUAUGUAUCUUAGGUGCAUAUACUAGUACACCCACAGAUAACAAAACUGGUAAUAUUUGUCCUGCUGGAGGCUUCUGUACUGCUGGAAGUUAUCAGUCAAAACCAUGUCCACCUACGACAUAUUCUAAUACUACAGGAGCUACAAAUGACAAAGACUGUCGUGAUUGUGACCCAGGUUACUAUUGUAUGAGUGCAAGAGGUCCAAGUCCUGAUGGGCCUUGCAAUCCAGGAUAUUAUUGUCAAAAGGGUGCUCGUUUGCCAAAUGAAACAGAAACAGAUCCAGGUUUUUAUGCUCCAAGGGGUUCCUCUGCACAACGACCUUGUCAAGUUGGAACGUUUCAACCUUAUAGAGGUCAAGGCAGUUGUAUGCCAUGUACAGCUGGUCAUUACUGUGAUACAACUGAAAUGAACUACACAAAACCUUGCCAACCUGGCUACUACUGUCCCGAAGGUAGUGAGGUGCAACAGUUUUGCCCAGCAGGAACUUACAAUAAUUUCACAAGGCAAAAUAGUUCUGAUGAUUGUACUGCAUGUCCUCCUGGCAAAUUUUGUGGAACAGCUUCUAGCAAACCAUCAGGUAAUUGCCAAGCUGGUUUUAUAUGUUUUGGAAGAGCAGAAUUUAAAAAUCCAACCAAAGGUGUAACAUGGGGUCGUGUUUGUUCUGCUGGGUUUUAUUGUCCUGAAGGUACUCAAGUGGAAAUACCAUGUCCUGAAGGAACAUAUCGAGGUGUCACUGGUGGAAAAGCGGAAACAGACUGCACCCAAUGUGAUGAUGGCAAAUAUUGUCAAGGUCUUAAUAACACAGCACCAAAUGGACUAUGCUCAGAGGGUUACUUUUGUAAACGUGGAAACAAACAAGCAAAGCCUAACAACUCAACUGAAGGAGGUCUCUGUCCAGCUGGAAGAGUAUGCCCAGAAGGCACAUCAAUUCCUGAACAAUGCCCAAAAGGUGAGUACUCCAACGGUGCAGGUGCAUCUAGCUGUCAAGUGUGUCCAGCAGGCUAUGAAUGCGUUAAUAGCCCAGCAUAUCCAACGCCUUGCCCAAGAGGCUACUAUUGUCAUGUUGGCAAUGAUAUCAGAUACCAUGGAGAUAAAAAACCAUGCCCAGUAGGGACAUAUGGAAAAACAGAUACAUUGAAGUCAAUAGAUGAAUGUUCAGACUGUCCACCAGGUAAGUUUUGUGACAGCGAAGGGCUGACGAAUUAUACUGGCUUGUGUGAUGCUGGUUACUGGUGCUACUCUAAAGCAGAAGCAUCUAGAUCUCUUGUUGAUAGCACAGGACUUUAUGGUAUUUGUCCAAAAGGAGGAUAUUAUUGUCCACAAGGUUCAAGCACACCACUACCCUGUUCACCUGGUCGAUACAGUAAUGAUAAAAGUCAUUUAAAAUCAAAUGAUGAGUGUGAUCUUUGUCCAGCUGGGGAGUAUUGUGCUUCUGGCAAUCAAUCAGCACCAACAGGUUUGUGUUCAGCUGGUUAUUAUUGUUUGAAAGGCUCUCCUGUUAAAGAACCAACAAAUGCUACAUUUGGUGGGAUAUGUGGACCAGGAACCUUUUGUAUUGCUGGUUCUAAAUGGCCCACACCGUGUGCCGCAGGAACAUUUAAUAAUAUGUCUGCACAAGAAAGCUGUAAGCCAUGUCCCAAAGGUUUCUACUGCCCAGCUAAUAGUACCAUACCUAUACCCUGUCCUGAAGGCUAUUUUUGUGAGCCAGAAGCAAAAUCUGGGAAUGCGAAUGCAUGUCCAGAGGGUACUUUUAGUAACUUACCAGAAAGAUCCUCAAGGAGUGAGUGCAUUGACUGCACACCUGGCUAUUACUGUCAUGGAGCAGGAAAAAGUAAUGUAACUGGUGAAUGUGAUGCUGGAUACUAUUGUAAGAAUGCAUCUGUGUCCCCACGCCCUGUCAUUUCAUCACAGGGAGGAGUAUGUCCUGAGGGUUCAUAUUGUCCUAAAAGAUCUUCAAAUCAUAUACUGUGUGAUCCUGGAAAGUAUUGUCCCACCCAAAUGCUUUCAUUGCCAUAUAAGAACUGCUCAGCUGGAUUUUAUUGUUGGCUUGGUGCAAAAUCCCCCCAACCUGAUGAUGACAUAACUGGAAAUCGCUGUCCGGAGGGAAGCUAUUGCCUUGCAGGCAGCCAAAAUUUCACAUUAUGUCCACCUGGUACCUAUUCAAAUACAACAAACAAUACUAUGCUAAGUGACUGCCAGGAUUGUCCAGCUGGUUAUUAUUGUGCUGGUUAUGGAAAUGCAAACCCUACUGAUAAGUGCAAUGCCAGAUAUUAUUGUCCGGGAAAGCAGUCACGUCCUGAUCCACCAAGUUAUGAAUGUGGUGCAGGACAUUUUUGUCCUCGUGGAUCACCAAAUGAGAAACCUUGUCCACCUGGUCAAUACCAAGAUCAAACAGGACAGUUGGAUUGCAAGAUAUGUCCUGCUGGAUUCUACUGUCCUCAUGGUGCCGUUACACACUACAACAGUACUUCUUGUCCUGCAGGAAUGUACUGUCCAAAUGGAACAGAGUUUGACGACCAGUAUAAAUGUCCUAUGGGAACGUUUAAUAACAAAACACAUUUAAAAAGUGCAGAAGAGUGUACACCAUGUCCUGGUGGGUACUAUUGUGAUGAGUUAGGUCAAACAACAUACCACAAAAAAUGUAGUGCAGGUUAUUACUGCAGGAGUGGUGCAACUGUAUCUACUCCUGAAAUAAUUAUACCAAUGGGUGUCUCAACAGUUGCAAAUCUUACCAAUUGUACCUGUCCAGAAUGUAUGUGUUCUGUGGGUGCUUUUAACAAAUCAAACGCAGGACCCUGCCCAAAAGGCUUUUAUUGUGUGGAGGGAACAGAUGAGCCAGAACCUUGUCCCCUUGGUACUUUUAAUAACAUUACUAAACGACAAUCAAAGGAACAUUGUUAUAAUUGUACUCAAGGAAUGUACUGUGGUGAAUUAAACAUGACUAAACCAAGUGGGUUAUGUUGGCCAGGAUAUUAUUGUCCGAUUGGUUCAUCAUUAGCCAAUGAAAUUCCAUGCCCAGAAGGAAAGUAUUGUGAGGAAGGAUCUUUCAACCCUGUAUUUUGUCCAAAUGGAACUUUUCGAAACCAAACAGAGGGAAAGAAUGUAUCAGAUUGUUGGUUAUGUACAGGUGGAAUGUAUUGCGAAGGAAAUGGCCUGAAGGUUCCGACUGGGAAUUGUGCACCUAGAUAUUACUGCCCACCUGGCCAGUCAGUAAGAGAACCUCCAGAAUAUCUUUGUAACAAGGGACACUUUUGUCCUGGUGGUACGGCUAACCAACUACCAUGUCCAAGCAACAAAAUGGCAAAUUAUGAUGGUGCUGAAGAAUGUGAUUUAUGUCCUGCAGGUUCUUACUGUUUGAUAUCUGGCGUGCCAGUUCCAUGUGAAGCCGGCUUUUAUUGCCCUGCUGGCACUGGUAGCGAUUUAAAACCAUGUCCACGUGGAACUUAUGGACCUGAGCGUAGUUACAGUCAAAUAUCAGACUGCAAGCCCUGUCCAGCUGGGAAAUAUUGUUUUUAUGAAAAUUCUACAACGUAUACUGGCUUGUGUGAUCCUGGACAUUGGUGUAGCUAUGGAAUCGAUCGCCCUAAACCCAUUGGUGUUAAUAUAACAGCAUCAAGUAACUCUACUAAUUCAAGUUGUUUCGAUGGGCGGGAAUCUGGUUAUGGUGGUCGUUGUCCUGUGGGCCAUUAUUGUCCUGCUGGAACAGAUUUUCCUAUGCCAUGCUCAAAUGGAUCUUAUGCUUCUAUCUCAGGAUUGGAUGAGUGCUUUCCAUGUAUGGAAGGUUAUUACUGUCCAUUUACUAAUAUGACAGAUUUUUAUGCAUACAAAUGCCCAGAAGGACAUUACUGUCCAAAUGGUACAGUUAUGGCAAGGCAAUACCCUUGUCCCGUUGGGAAAUAUUCUGCCACGAAAGGGAAUACAAAACCAGAGGAUUGUCAAUCUUGCCCACCAGGUCGAUAUUGUCCAAGAGAAGGAAUGGGAUAUCCAAAUGAAACUUGCAAUGAAAGAUAUUUUUGCCGGAGAAAUGCAAGAGUUGCUGAUCCAAAACAAGGAAACGAUGCUAAUAUAUGUCCAGUUGGUCAUUUUUGUCCAGCAGAAACUGGGGAGCCCCAGAGAUGUCCUGCAGGGACAUUUAACAAUCAAACAGGGCUUGCAUCAAGCUCAGAAUGUCAAAAGUGUACAGCUGGUCAAUUCUGUAGUUCAGCUGGUUUAAACCAGACCUCUGGUCCAUGCAGGGAAGGUUUUUAUUGUCCACCAGGGUCACUAUUGGAAACACAAAUUGAUUGCCCGGCAGGCUCUUAUUGUCCGCCAGGAUCUUUUGAACCAAAGCUGUGUGAAGCUGGAACCUUUCAACCAAAUUUAAACAGAUGGUUAAAGAGUCAAUGUCAAAAUUGCACGGAAGGCUUUUAUUGUGAAACUUCUGGACUGGCUAACUAUACAAAUGCUUGUCAAGCUGGUGCUUAUUGUCCGACUGGUAGUUCCGUUCCAGCACCUUUAACAUGCUCAUCUGGAUUUCAUUGUCCUGCUGGUAGCCAUAAACCAAAACCUUGUACUUCAGGAUUUUACACUAAUGCAACAGGUCAAUCAAUUUGUGAUGUUUGCCCAGCUGGAUUUUACUGUGUGCCUUUGAUAUGGAGAGAAAAUAUGUUUGCUAAUGAAUCUAUUGGUUAUAAAAAGUGUCCGCAUGGUCAUUACUGCCCACAACAAACAGGAUCCAAUUGGAAACCAUGCCCUGCGGGUACUUUUUCCAAUCAGUCUGGUCUCCAUGAGGUGGCUCAGUGUGUUGCAUGUCCUGGGGGGCAAUUUUGUGCUGGUGAUAUUUUAACUCGUCCAAGUGGAGAGUGCAGUGCUGGAUAUUAUUGUACUAUAGGCGUAUCGUUAAAAACACCGUUUGUUGACUCGUACAAUUCAACUAACGACACAUGCAGAUAUGGUCUACUGCUUGGAAGUACAUUCAAAGGGAUUGGAGAUGUUUGUCCUAAAGGUCAUUUCUGUAAGGCAGGUGUUUCCAAACCUACACCAUGUCCUGCUGGCUUAUUUAACAAUAAAACAGGGAGAUCAACAUGUGAAGUUUGUCCAGCUGGAUAUUUCUGUCCCAUUGGAACCGUGUCAUACCAUAACCUUACUUGUCCAAGUGGUUACUACUGUGAAAGAAAUACAACUCACCAGUAUCAGUGCCCAUGUUACAAUGGCACUUUCAAUAAUCUUACCAUGCAAAAAGAUAGUUCUGCUUGUAAACUGUGUACUAAGGGUUACUAUUGUGAAGGAGAAGGAUUGACAAAUCCAACAGGAGUAUGUGCAGCUGGUUGGUAUUGCAAUGAAGGGUCAGCUUCUAAAAAGCCAUCUGUAAGAGGUGGCAGAUGUAAACCAGGCUAUUAUUGUCCAAAUGGAUCAUAUGCUCCAACUCCUUGUGAUAUAGGAACUUAUUGCGAUCAGUAUGAACUUGAACGUCCUGCGGGAUUGUGCUCACCUGGGUUCCAUUGUGGACACAAUUCAACAAGACCUGACCCACCUGAAGGUCGGUGUCAAGCAGGACGAUAUUGUCCAGAAGGAAAUUUAUCUCCUAGAUUGUGUGAUAUUGGAACUUAUUUGGACACCAUGGAAGCUCAUAAUAAAUCUCAGUGUAAACCCUGCACAGCUGGACAAUUUUGUAAUGAAACUGGCCUACCAAAUCCAGCUGGUUACUGUCUACCAGGAUAUUACUGCCCACCUGGCCAGUCUUCAGCAAGAGCAUAUUCCUGUGAUAAGGGGUAUUAUUGUGUGGGUAAGAAAGGAUUUCAGGAGCCUUGUGCUUCAGGAUACUAUCAAGAUCAAAUGGAGAAAACUGACUGUAAGCCAUGUGUUAAACGAUAUUAUUGUAAUGCUACUUUUGGUCCAGUUGUCAACUAUACAAAAAAUAUUUGUCCUGAGGGUUAUUACUGUCCUUCAAAUACCGAGUUUGCUGAGCAAUACCCAUGUGAUAUAGGAACAUUUAAUAACAUAACUGGUAGAGCAAAUCAGAGUGAAUGUAGUUUUUGCCUGGGUGGUUUUUAUUGUGGUAGACCAGGGCUUACUUAUCCAGAUACUCCAUGCGAUGCUGGCUAUUUUUGCAAAUCUGGUGCAAAAUCUGCAACGCCAAUAGAAGGUAGUAAUGCUAAUGUUUGCCCUCUUGGCCAUUAUUGCCCAAUACAGACAGCUGAGCCAAGGAAAUGCCCGCAAGGGUUCCUUGGUCAAGUAGAGAAAUUAAAGUCAUCAAGUGAGUGUGUGAAGUGCCCUUCUGGUAAAUUCUGCGAUCAACCUGGAAUGGCUAAUUACACUGGCCUUUGUCAGAAAGGUUUUUACUGUCCGAAUGGCUCAAUAUCAGCCAAGCAAAUCGUAUGUCCGCCUGGGUCAUAUUGUCCUGAAGGGUGUGCAGAACCAAAACAAUGUCCACCAAAGACCUUUUCAAAUACUACCCAGUUACAUGAUGUGACGCAGUGCACAAGCUGUCUAGCAGGUUCUUACUGUAAGGAGUCAGGAUUGACUGCUCCUUCUGGACUGUGCAAACAAGGUUUUUAUUGCCCAAAUGGAAGCGAAGUAGAAAAUGCUGUUGAAUGUCCCAUUGGGGUUCAAUGUCCGACAGGAAGUAAAACACCAAGGGAAUGUCCUUCCGGUUUUUAUACCAACACAACACGACAAUCUUCAUGUACACCAUGCCCAGCUAGUUAUUACUGUACUCCAGUAAAUCUUACAAAAUCAGGCCCAUACAGUGGUUAUAAGCCUUGUCCUCGUGGAUUUUAUUGUCCACUUCAAACUGGCCUAAAUUGGAAGCCUUGCCCACCAGGUACUUACAGCAAUAAGACAGGUUUGGCAAACAUAGAACAGUGUACAGAUUGUGAGCCUGGGAAAUAUUGCGCACUCUACAAUGCAACAAGUUACACUGGCAUAUGUGCUGGUGGCCAUUAUUGUACCUCUGGCGUUGAUCGUUUAAAUCCAGUGGAGAAUGAGACUAUCACUGAUGGAAAUUGCACACGUUUAGGUCGUCACAAAGGUAAAGGUGGUUUAUGCCCAGUGGGGAGUUACUGCCAAGAAGGAGUUUCUUUACCUGUUUUCUGCCCAGCUGGUAGUUAUCAAGAUAAACCUGGCCAAACUUUUUGUAAUGAUUGCCCACCUGGUUAUUACUGUCUGGCAAACUCUACUGAUUACGUCAGCACAGAAUGCCCUGAAGGUAGCUAUUGUCUUUUAAACACGACACGUCCAUCAGAAUAUCAAUGUUGGCCUGGAACGUACAACCAAUUUAAAAAACAAACAAAUAGCUCAGCUUGUUUGCCAUGCUCGGGUGGUAUGUAUUGUCCUGGUUAUGGAAACAUAAUUUCUUAUGCAAACUGUAGUGGCGGUUAUUAUUGUCCUAGUGGCGCCAUGAAUGCUACGACUUUUAUAUGUCCAAUUGGUCAUUUUUGUCCAAAUGGAAGUAUAGAAGCAACACCGUGUACAAAGGGACAUUACUGCGACAGACAAGGACUUAUAAAACCGACUUUCAAAUGUAAAGAAGGAUUCUAUUGUACUUUAAGAGCAAGUCAAUAUAACCCAACAGAUAAUAUAACUGGCAAUGAAUGUCCAAAAGGAACGUAUUGUCCACUGGGUUCGUCUAGUCCAAGUUUAUGUCCUGUUGGUACAUUCUUAAACACAACCAGAAAUGUGAACGAAACAAAUUGUCAAGAUUGCACGUCAGGCUGGUACUGUGGAAAAAAUGGACUACAUACUCCUACAGCUCCUUGUAUGCAAGGAUAUUAUUGUACUGGUCGUGCUGAGAAUAGCACACAGUUUCAGUGUAGUCCAGGUUAUCGCUGCCCAACACAAAGUUCAAAUCAAAUACCUUGCGAUGCCGGCACGUAUCAAGACCAGCCUGGACAAUGGGAAUGCAAAGUUUGCCCUGCAGGCUACUUUUGUAACAAUACAUUUGGACCAGUUGAUAAUUACAAUCUGUUUGAAUGCCCAAGAGGUUAUUACUGUCCAAGCAACACUAAAUAUUCCACCCAGCACCCAUGUCCACCAGGAACACAUCAAAAUCUAACGAAAAGAGUCUCACCAUCUGAUUGUCUACCGUGUCCAGCAAAGUUUGCAUGUGAUGCCCUAGGAAUUAUUUACCCAACGAAGCUGUGUUCUGCUGGAUAUUUUUGCAAAUAUGGUUCAAAUUCAACCACGCCUUCAUUAGGUUCGAAUGCAAAUGAAUGUCCUCCAGGAAGAUACUGUAGAGAAGGUACUGAUAAUCCAACCGAAUGCCCUCUUGGUACAUUCCGUAAUACAACUCUUGGUGAAUCAGAAAAUGACUGUCAAAACUGCACAGGAGGAUGGUUUUGUAAUGAGACUGGUCUCACUAGCCCAGUCGGUAGAUGUAAUCCUGGUUAUUACUGCCCUCUCAGAUCAUCAAGUCCAAGUCAGGUCGUAUGUCCACCGGGUUAUUUCUGUGAAUUAGGUACUGAAGUGCCUUCAGAGUGUCCACGUGGAAGGAUGUCGAAUGGCACAAGGUUGAGCAAAGCUUCGGAAUGUCCGUUAUGCCCAGGGGGAUAUUACUGUGCCACUCCUAAAUUAACUUCUCCAACUGAUGUCUGCAAUGCAGGCUAUUAUUGUCCUAAUGGAAGCGUAAGCAGCCAAGAGAAACCAUGCUUGUCAGCAAUGUACUGUCCAACUGGUAGUUCUGAACCAAGAUAUUGUGAAGAUGGAAAUUAUACUGCCUGGGAAAUGGCACAUUCUUGCAUAACAUGCCCAAAAGGAUAUUACUGUGUGGCAGAUACUGUUAUACCAGGUGUUAACAACUCAGGAAUCCAUAAGUGUCCUGAAGGAUUUUAUUGUCCUACUGGUACUGGAAGAGAGUGGAAACCAUGUCCACUUGGAACGUACGGUGUUGGACUUGGAUUAGAAGAAGAAAGAGAUUGUACACCAUGUGAUGAGGGGAUGUACUGUAGAGAGUUGAACUCGACUGUGCCAAGUGGAAACUGCUCACAAGGAUAUUAUUGUGUUUCUGGUGUUGAUACUCCUUCCCCACAGCUAACAAAUCUUACUCAUUGCCCAUCAACAUAUGUUCACAUGAGUGUCGGAGGAAAAUGUCCACCUGGUUUUUAUUGUCAAGAAGGAAGUAAAACAUACACAGCUUGUGAACCAGGAACAUAUGCAUCAGAUGCUGGCAACUACCAAUGCUCACCAUGUCCUGCUGGGUUUUACUGUCCAAAACAAACCUCAAACUACACUGAUAAUAUAUGUCCCCCUGGUCACUAUUGUCCACUUGGUACGAAAACACCAACUGACAAACCUUGUGCUCCUGGUACAUUUAAUCCAUUACCAGGGGGUAAGAAUGCAUCUUAUUGUCUUAGCUGUACUCCUGGAUACUACUGUGAAGGACAUGGCAGCAGGAACACAACAAACCUUUGUGAUGCAGGAUAUUAUUGUCCAGGUGGUAACGGCAAUAAACGACCUGUCAGUCAUCAAUGUCAGCCUAGGUAUUAUUGUCCAGUUGGAUCUUCAGGAAUGAAACCAUGUCUGGGAGGACAUUAUUGUCUAACAUCAAGAUUGAAAUUUCCAACUGGUCCAUGUAAACCUGGUUAUUAUUGUCCGAAUGGUUCGCUGACUGAAACAGAAAUUAAAUGUCCUCCAGGACAUUAUUGUAAGAAUGCUUCAGCUAGCCCAUCCACAUGUCCAAGUGGCAAAUAUCUGCCUUCCGAAGGUGAAAGUGACGCAGGUGCAUGCCUCAAUUGCACUGCAGGCUAUUACUGCAACACAACUGGCUUGCACAGGGAAACUGGUCUCUGCAGUCCUGGUUAUUAUUGUCCUGGUGGUCAAAAGGUAAAAACACCAACUGAUUAUAUCUGCCCCAAAGGACACUAUUGCAAAGCCGGUUAUCAUGCUCCCCAAAGAUGUGAGAAUGGAACAUACCAAGAAAAUACAGGAAGUUCAUCCUGUGAUGUUUGUUUGCAAGGUUAUUAUUGUGACAACACUGCAGCACCUGUGGAUUCUUUGGUUGGCCGAGAAUGUAUUCCAGGUUAUUUCUGUCCACCUGGUACGCGAUAUGCUAAUGAACAUGGUUGUUUACCUGGAACAUGGUCAAAUAGAACUGGACUAAACCAUUCCUCAGAAUGUGAUCCUUGUCCACCUAAAUAUUACUGUCAGCAAGUAGGCUUAUCUGAACCUGAAAAUCUCUGUCUGGAGGGAAACUUUUGUAAUGGUAGCGCUACAGUGCCAGGUCAACAUAUUUGCCCCAUAGGCCAUUAUUGUCCUACUGGUUCUGAUAAACCAACAGUCUGUCCAAGAGGUUACUUUUCAAAGACUAAGGGGAAUGCGAAUUUCUCUAGUUGCAAAGCAUGUAGCCGUGGUAAAUGGUGUGACCCUAACGCAGGAGCUAUAGUGACUGAACGUGAUUGUUAUGGUGGUUAUCUUUGUGUCUCAGGAGCAAUAACACCAACGCCCUCUAACAUGACUGAUGGAGGUCGUUUAUGUUCUAUCGGGCAUUACUGUCCCAAUGGCACUGUUGUUGAAAAACAAUGUGAACCAGGCACUUAUGCACCAACUGAAGGUCAUAGUACUUGCAGGUCAUGUCCUGCUGGUUUCAGAUGUCCAGGAUUCGCUACCUCUGUACCGGUGGCCUGUCCUUCUGGGUACUAUUGUAAAAAUGGAACAAAAGAUACAGGUGUAGCUUGUGAUAAAGGAACAUUUAAUUCGUACGAAAACCAAACUUCCAUCGCAUCUUGUUUUCCUUGCCCAGCUGGUAAAUAUUGUGCCAAUGCUGGACAACAUUCUCCAACUGCAGAUUGUUAUGGUGGGUACCUAUGUACAUCUGGUGCACAGGUUCCUGAUCCAGUGUUAUGUCCAAUCGGGAAGUAUUGUGAAAAUGGCACAUUAAAUGCCACCGAUUGUCCUGCAGGAACAUUGAGGGCGUAUCCAGGAGCAAAGUCCAUCGACGAUUGCCAACCAUGCGAUCCAGGAAAAUUUUGUGAUCGACCUGGUUUAUCAACUCCCUCUGGUAACUGCGACAAAGGCUUUUACUGUCCAGAUUUUGCUAAAAUUGAUCUAAAACAACCAACUUCAUAUGCAUGUCCGCGUGGAUUUUAUUGCGAUGUAGGCACGUCAGUACCCCGAGGUUGUUUACCUGGAUCUUACCAACCAGCUAAAGGAUCUUGGGAUUGUUUACCUUGCCCUGCUGGAAGAUUCUGUCCAGGAAAUACAUCAGAUGCUCAACCUUGUCCACCAUAUCAUUUUUGUCCUAAUGAUACAGUUGCUCCACCGACAUGUCCAAAUGGAACGUAUACAAUGGAUAACAUCACCGGUCUGGCAUCCAGUGAUGAGUGUAAUCCUUGUCCAGCUGGCUUGUUUUGUCAAAAUGGUAGACCAGCUGCGAAUUGUAGUGGUGGAUAUUUGUGUUUAACAGGAAGCAUGGUUCCUAAUCCAACUGACGGUAUACAGGGUAUUAUUUGUCCUGUCGGUUAUUACUGUCCACCAGGAACUAAAGAGAAGUUGCAAUGUGAAAAAGGAAAAGUGAUUGUCCGGGAAGGUAGUUCUAGUGAUAAAGACUGUCAGCGUUGCCCUGCUGGUUUUAUUUGCACCACAGAUAGCACUGUACCUCAACCAUGUGAGAGAGGUUAUUACUGUCCAUUUAACAUCACAAGAAAACCAUGUCGCAAUGGUACAUAUAACAACGUAACAAAAGCUACAGAUGAGUCUUUCUGUAAAUCGUGUCCUGCAGGCUAUUGGUGCAAAGAAACAGGCACUGCUGACUACACCCAAAUUUCAUGCCCUGUCGGCUAUUAUUGCAAUGAAGGUGUUAUUCAGCCCCAACCUUGUCCGCCAGGAACCUUCAGAAACUACACCGGAGCUGAGAAUGUUAAACAGUGUGAUAAAUGCCCUGCUGGACACUACUGUCCACUAAAUGGUUCAGCAAUAUCGAUUCCAUGUACGAAUGGCACUUACUGUCCUAAUGGAACUAUCCAUCCUGAAUGGUGUGAAGCUGGUUUUUAUUGUCCUGGUGCAGAAGCCAAAAUACCAUGUCCCAGUGGUUUCUACUGUCCAAAUAAAACAGCUAAUCGUAUUCCAUGUCCUCCUGGACAUUACUGUCCAGGAAAUGAUAACUGUACAUUGACAAGUGGGGGAGCAAUAUCACCAACAAUUUGUCCUUUAGGCUAUCAAGAAAGUCCUGGAACUCUUCGACACUCGAUGGAAGAUACAUGUGUACAAUGUCCACCAGGAACGUUUGGAGCUGCUGUUGACAGAACCAUUUGCAUCAAAUGUAGAGCAGGAGUUAUAUGUGAAACUGGUGCCACCACCGAUAAUCCUCUUGGGAACAAUACCAAAUAUGGAGUUAAUUACACCAAUUCAUACCCAUGCCCCAUUGGUUACUAUUGUUUAUCUGGAGAUAAGAUACCACGACCCUGUCCAAAUGGUACAUAUAACAACGUAGAAUUUGCAUCUGAGAUAUCCAACUGUACUUUGUGUCCUGUUAAUCAUUUCAAUCACCGACUGGCACAAGCUGAAUGUCUCCACUGUGGUGGACAGUCAAAGCAACCCUUCCCAGGACAAGACAAGUGUCAAUGUAAUGGUAACCACAGAGUAUUUAUGCCAAGUGACAAGACAUGUCUGUGCGAAAAAGGUUACAAGGUCUUUGAAGGACGCGAACAAGACUGUGCACAGAAUCUGUACGAUAUCUGUUCAGAGGGACAGUGGAGAAGUCAAAAUGGCGCUUGUUUAAAUCAGCAACAAUGGCAAACAGCGUGUACAGAGGUAUGUGAGGAAGGUAAAUAUGUCGGUUUCGAUCGCGAGCUCGGUUUAUGUUUGUGUAAAGUUGAUGAUUUGGAGAAAAUAUGUAAUCGUGAAUGUCGCAUCCGACAAAAAAGGAUUAUGCAGUAUGUCUGUACGGAUCCAGUCACGAUAAGAAUAACAAGAACUGAUCGCUCAGUGGUUAACAUGUUAUAUUCCGACUUACUUAACAUACCCAACUUUCGUGAAGCUUUCUCGAAAGAUAAGUGUGAGAAAUUAGACGGCAAAGCUUAUCCGUUCUACAUGGUGCAAGUUGGAGUGAAAGGAUUCACUGGAGCUUACGACCCUCCACCUGACGUGAUAGUAGAAAUGUUUCAACGAAAUGCUGUGAAUGCUUCUGCAUCAUUCCCUUCAUCACCAUCACGCAGGCGGAGAAACCUACUUGCUGUUUCCGUCACCAAUCCAGACAUCAGCGGUAUCACCAGCCCAACCACUUGUUUACGUUUCAACGAAGCCAUGUUGUUUAGCGUCACAAAUGAUUUUUACCCGCAAUAUGACGAGACGAAUUUGUACAAUACGAACCCUGAUUUUGACUUUGGUGCGUUUAAAGACCUUGCGGAGAGGCACAGGUUAAUGGAGACAAAUUCCACCUUGUUUGCUUUCAGGUUUCAAGCAGCAGGCGUUUACGCGUUUAAAAUGAGCUCUUCCGGAAGUCAAAGAAUGUAUGUACGUGUCAUGGCUCCUGGUGCACAGUGUGGUGAAGAUGGUCCCUUCUUCGCGACCACUCCACGUUCAGUUAUUCAAAAUGGUAUCGCUAUAGACUCCAGUAUAUUAAUCACUCCUGAUUGGUUGUUAAUUGGUCUCAUGUUGGCCUGCUUCUUUGUACUGGUGUUAGUUCUUGUCUUAGCACUGUUCAUGUUCCGUACUCAUGGAUGGCGUAAAUCAUUAUACCAAAACCCAAGAUAUAGACAAGCAACACAGCUGUAUGAUUUUGAUGACUAUUCAUCUAAAGGCUCAGCUGUCCACCCGCUUAAGAAAUAUCACCGCACUAAAAUGGUGAUGGAGCAGUUAGAGAAACCGCCUGGCAAAUCUGAGGGUCAAGGUCAAAUGGUGGCUAUCGAUGCAGCUGGUGUAAAAGGCGAUGAGUUCUGGGAUUAUGACCAGCAGGCAGACUUGGAAGCGUUUAGCACGAAAGAUUUCUACUCAACGCUUGCUAAACAAACAAGUGAAAUUACAGCCGCUCUUGCUAGACAAAAAGAUCAAGUCAAACAACUCUACAACAAAAUAACGGGUCAAGCUGAAUCUCUAAAAGGAUUGUGGGUUGCGAAGCUUAACUUGAAAGGACGAAGCGCACUUGCUACGACUGAAGACUUGCAAUUGUACGAAAGAAACAAGGCUGAACUUGAAGAGGAAAUUGAAAGGAGAAAAGAACUCGGCUUCAACUUCCAGCAGAUACUAAGACAACAAAACGAAAUAUUUGUCAACGAUGAAGACGAGCGCGAGAAACAUCAAGUUGCAUUUAUGGCUAUUGCUCGAGAGAUCACUCGCCUUUUAAAAGAAUAUGCUGAAUUUGAUAAAACGAAUGUCAAUGAGGCUGGAACGAGAGAUUACGAAACUGAAUUUGACGAAAAUCUACAACAUAAAGUUGGUAGUCGUGUGGAAAUGCUCAUCCACAAGCUAACAGCAGAGCUUACCAGUGAAGCGCAACGUCGUGGAGCACUUGGUAUAAUCGGCCAACAAACUGGUGCGGUAAUGUUGAUGAAAGACGGUACCGCUGUUCAGCGAGAACAGAUACUAAAUGCUGAUGGUUCAGUCACUGAUAGCAAUUUGGUCACCUUUGAUCAAAAGACAGGUCUUCUUAUGCCGAACAAUCAAGAAGUUAGUAUGCUGUUACCAGAUGGUGUGACCACGGUCGAUGUACCUAAAGGGUUUUUCGUGCAUCCCGUUACAUGCAGGUUGAUGCCAAUAGAAGGUAAUGUUGCUUUUGAUCCAGUGGCAUCCCGGCUAGUGUUUACUACUGACAGUCCAAAUGGAGAAGCAUCCAAUUCACAUGAUAGGUUAAUACCGUACAUACCGUAUCCUACAAAUCCUGAAACAGGUCAACCAACCAAAACAAAUUUUAGUCCAUUGGAGAAGAAGAGUGAUAUGACUUUCAAUGGUCCUAUGGUCGAUUCGAAGACAGGACAGACAGUACCUAUUCUUGGAAUGACUAUUCACCCGACAACAGGAAACGCCUACCCUGUGGGAGGUACUCAUCAAGAUCCUGUUACAUCACUUCCCAUACCAAUCGAGUUAGGCUCUAUAUUUGUCGAUCGCGUUGUCAAUCAACCGGUGCCCAUCAUGACGGUGACGAUAGACGAAAUGACAGGAGAUGCUAUCCCUGUCGGUGGCAUGACGUUAGAUGAACCUUCGUCACCAGUUCUAUUGUAUGACAAAUUUACUGAGAUGCUGUCUAAGAAAAACAUGAAAGUGACCAGUGUCCGCUUGGCUGACUCAGCAGAAUGGGAAGUUGAAAGACUCAAUGGUGGAGAGCGUGCGCUAAUGGAUGUCAAUGAAUUGUAUCACGAAACUCGAUUAAUAGACGCUUUGCACGAUUUGAAAGAUGCACUGACUGGUGUAAACAAGUCAAGUGGUCGUCAUGAACAGAACAUCCUCGAGACAGCAUUAAAAGACUUACACAAAGCACGUUCCAGAGUAAGAACAGUCUUACUUCGUGAUGGACAUGAUCUUGUGAGAAGACUAGAACGCGCUUCUCUAUUAUCAGAGACAGGUGGUAGUCCCGGUAUGUACGAAUUCAUUCUGACUGGUCAACUCCUUCCUAUCAUAGUGGGUGCCAACAUGAAGGAUCCGUCUGGAUCUGGUCUGGAUGUACCCAUACUUGGAGUUGAUCGCAACAAAGAGACUGGUAACUGGAUACCAUUAGGAGGGUCAGUGGAAGACCCAUUAGGCGAUGGGUUGGUACCUAUUGUCCUUGGAGAAAAGGUGGUGGACCCAAUCUCUCAAAAACGAACUUAUUGCGUCGGUGUAAAAUAUAACCACGAGAUCGGAAUCACUGAACCAGUGACUUCAUCUGGCAAAAAUAAAAAGAAGCGAAAGCCACCAUUUGGUUCAGUGCAAUUACUAGAGGAAGAAAUAGCUGGUCGUCGAAGUUAUUGGAGACGACAACGAAAGCGUGAGGAGGAAUUGUCUGCACUUGAAGGUGUGGUUGGUAAACAGCUGAUGGAGAAUGAGUAUGUGACAGCGGAGUCGAUCAGGAUGAAGUUGGAUAUAAUCGCAGAAAAUACGUCUACCUUAUCCGACGCACACCGUCGCGAAAUGCAACGCCGCGCUGACGCAGCGAUCGACCACGCGUCUGCACUUCCACCAGAGGUGGUGUCCGUACUCACACAAUGCGAUAGCUUGGAGAGGCAGCGCGAAGAACUUCAUCAACAGUCGCACGGAAAACUGCUAGAAGUGAUUGAACGAUUUUUCAGCAAACUUGAAGCCGAAGAAAAGAAAUACCGAACUCGAAUGGACGAGUUAGAAGGCGCAAUGAAUCCAGAUGCAGAGGAAGCAGUUUCUGAACGUUUCCAAAACGCAAAGGCUCGUUUACGAAACGAAUUACACGACCACUUGCAGAGUCGCAUCGAAACGCUGGACGAACAACACGAAUCGCUCGAAUACAUUCGAGAGAAAGCCGAACUGUGUGCAGCUGAAGCCAAGGCCAUCUUAAAUAACACUGAGUUCCACGCUGGUGAUUAUGAUGCGUUAAUACCUGGUGUAUAUGGAGAACCUAACCUUUCUUCAGACGAAUCUAGCAGAGAGAUCAUUCCUCUACUGCAACGUCUUAUCAAGGUCAUUGAAGAAUCUGGUCCCUUACCGGAAUGGGCAGGCGCAAUGCAACAGGCCCUCGGUGGAUCACAAGGUAUGCCGGGUGCUGUGCAAUUCGGAGGUGGAACCUUUGCAAGUGAUCCAGCGCAGAGGGUAGGAAUUCCUGGUGAGCGAAGACAAGCUAUGUUUAUGCAAGGACUCGGUGGAGGAGUUCAGAAUGCACCUGCGGGAUAUACAGGAGGGGUUCCUGGCAUAAACAUUUCUGGUGCAGGGCCUGGCAUGAACAUGUCCGAAACAUCAUUAAAAGAUGGUGCUCCGUCUGCAGCUAUAUAUGAAAGUGAUGUCUUUACUCCAGCACCUUUGCAGUCUCGUGCUUCGCUCUCCGCUGAGGAGAUUCUCGCUCGAGUCGAAGUUGCUAAAUUAGGUGAAGCGAGCAGUGGAGGAGCGAUUGAUAUAAAAGACGUCAUCAACGCAGGAGAGUUAACUGAUGAAAAACGAAAAGAAAUUGCUAAAGCGUUGGUUGAAAAGCAUAUGAUCGAGUCUGUGGAUUUGGAAAAUCAACUCCGUGAAAAUGAGAUCAAUGAGAUCAAUUUCAUUCUUCAAGACAUUGAUGCGAAAAAGAAACAGGCUAUCCUCGAAAUUCAACAAGAACUGAAGGAAAAACUUGAAGGAGUCACUGACGAAGCAGAGCGCGAAAAAAUUAUUAUGGAGCAUGCCCAGAAGAUGGAAGAAGUCUCGGACAAAUUCGCACAGCUUAAAGAGAGACGAUUGAAAGCAAUGCGAAAUAAAUUGAAGAAAGAUAGACUAAAGCGGAAGGAGUCAUUGUACAGGAAACACAUGGAAGAAGCGCGAAAUGCAGGAGUAGCGGAGAUCAUUGAUCACAAACUACCUACUGAGGAUGAGAUUGAUCGAGACAUGCAGUUGUUAGCCAAACAGCAAGAGAAGCUUCUAAACGAAUUGAAAAAGGCUUACGAAGAAGAAGCUGAGAAAUCGAGGCAAGACAUGGAAGAUGGUAAACAAAGAGAAAUGGAGGAGCGACUGCGUUCCAUGAAUUUGAAAUUUUCGCCAGAAGAGGAAGAAGAGUUAGAACGAUUAAAAGCAGAUCGAGAUCGCGACAACAAGUUACGUCAAAUGAUGAAAGAUAGAUUGAAAUCCCGACGUGGUCAACGCAAACGCCGCCCGUCGGUUUUACCCGAUAAUCUGACGCCGGAAGAGAAAGCGAAUGUGCUUGCUGCUUUAGCCGCCGAGGAUGAAGCUGACAUUGAAUCUGAGACGGCAGCUAUUUUGGCAGCACUUGGUGAAUUGUCGGAUAACAAUAUCGAUAAUCGGGAAAAGAAACUAUUAAACGUAUUGUUGACAAAGAACGAAUUAUCCGACGAAGAUAAAAACGCGUUGGUUGAGAAAUUCAUGGCACAACAAAGAGAAGCAGACGAGAAAUACAACGAGAUGAAAGAGUACAGUCAAGCUGCUUUAAAAGCUAAGCUAGAAGCCAGGAGGAAACUGCGAGAAGAAAAGAAUAAAGAAGAUGCUAUGAGAAAGGAAAUGGACGGCUUGUCAGGAAAGAGGAACCAAAUGUUGCACGGCGAAGCGACAGCCAGCGAUGUAGCCGACAUCACUGGCGUUGCUUUGACCCCUGAGCAACUAGCAGCACAGGAAGCCCUCAUGGCGAAACAGGAAGAAAAACAAGCGCGCUUGUUACUCGACCAAUACAAUGAAAACAAAGAAAUUGAAGACGAGCUUCAGUCACAGGAACAAAUGGCUAAACAACAUAUCUCUGAACAACUUGAUGAACAAAAGAGAAAGGCUCUAGAAGCUCAACGCGAAAAACUUCAAGCCGAGCUUGAAGCUAAAAAGAAAGACCUGUCUGAUGAUCAAAUGAAACUUCUCAUUGACGAGCACAAUCAACAACUCGAGUUUCUUGAACGUAACAUGGACGCCGAGAAGCAGCGCCAGGUCUUGUCGCUAGCUGAUAAGAUCGCCGAAAAAAAACGCAAACGCGCGGAAGCUCUCGCGAAACGCCAUAACGCCGACAACAAACAGGAAUUGUUGAAAGAAAGAAAAGAGAGGAAUCAAUUACUUGAUGAACAGUUGCGAGAAAAUGAGAACAAGAUGUUAGCUGAGAAAGUUGCGGAAGGCGAUCCAGAAACAGCAGAGAAUAUCGUGUUUGCUGCACUUCAACAGCGUCACAUACGUGAAAGAAUUGAAAUGGAAGAGCUGUUCAGAAACGAGGCGGAAGCUGCUAGAGCUUACGCGAAAGCCCAAGUGGAUGAAGAGAGACAAAAUGAAAAGGAGAAAUUAACAGCCCGACAAGAUAAGGAGUUCAUGGAAAUGAUAAGUAAAUCAGGAAACCUGGAUAGUGCCGAUCUCACUCAAAAGAAAGCUGAGUUGAAGUUGAAGCACAAGAAACAACUUGCACAGUUCGACAAAGAAACGGAAGAGAUGCUUGUAGCCGCUGACGUUGAUGCUAUCCCGUCUCUUGAAGUGAAACACGCGCACCAACGAUUGGAAUUGCGUGAAAGACAACUGAACGAAUUGGCGGGAUCGAUGAAAAAUCUGAUUAGCAAAGACGAUUUAAUUCAACAGUACGCUGAACAAGCGGAAAAGGCUACAGCCGCGGCGAAUGAUUUCCGUCAACGAACCAUGUUCGAUAUGGCGCAGAAGAUUGAGGAUAUCAAAAACGCGCGGAAGGCGAAGGAUGACGAGCAACGUAUCGCAAUGGAAGAAGAAGUAAGAAAGUUAGAAGAACAACUUGAACGCGAAAGGGAAGCUGAAGCUUUGAGAGAAGCCGAAAAAGAAGCAGACUUAGAUUCGGAUAGAAAAAGAAGAAAACAAGAAAAGGAUGAAGCUGAAAAGUUGGCCAUUCUUCAAAAAGAAGUCGGUGACACCGAGAAGGAGCGUCUAAUGAAAGAGCAUCAAGACAACAUGGCGAAGUUCGAAGACAACUUGAAGAAAGAGCAGAAUCGCACUAAAGAAAUGUUACGCAAGAAACUCGAAGAGAGAAGAAAGAAGAAGAAGAGUUUAGAGAUGGGCAAGAUCAGGGACGACUUUCAAGAAGAGGUUAAAGAAGCAGCACAAGAGGAGAGAGAAAGGUUAGCUGCGCUUCAGAAGGAAGGUGCCAAGGUGCUAGCUUCUGCUACUCCUUCACUGGGUGCAAAACAGAUCAGAGAAAAAGAAGAAGCUCCAGAGCAAGAUGCGUUACAGCAGUCCAAAGCUCCUAUGCAAUCGGUAUUUACUGACUCAGCUGCCGGCAUGCCUGUAGCAGCCAUGUCUGAUCAAGACUGGAUGAGAGUAUUGGCGGGCUCACCGUUAUUUAAAGCAGUUAAUGACAUCGAAGAAAUGAUUAAAGAUGGAGUCGGUCCACAAGGUGUGAUUGGUGCAAAGGGAAGGCCCUAUAUUGAUAUUAAGGAUGCGCAAUGGACGUGUCAAGGUGAUUUAACACCUGUUGACAUCAACGAAUUGAACCCUAUGCAGUUCGUCGUGUAUCGCUUUGGUGUUUUCAUAACGCAACUCCUUCAAGACAUCAUGGACGUUCCCGAAGUUACUCUACUUGUUGCGUCGAGUUUACCACCAAAUAAUUACUCGAAAAACGCUUUCCGAAACUCGUUCUUUUACGAGCGUUCUCGUCGAAUUUUGUUCGUACGACAGGAGCGCAUGGACAGUGUCGGGGAUUUUGUUGUUCUUCUGAUGCAUUGCUUAGCACACAUCAAAGUGGACGAUCUUGCAGAUGACAAUAACGUUCUCUUUUUGAGAGAAUUUUACAAGGCUAUGCGUGUCUGCUGUCAAGACAUGUUCUUCUCCCGUUCACGUUCCACGCCCACCACCGCCCUCUUGACAGAUAUUCCUUCACAAAACAGAAUGCUGGGAACACCUUUAGAACAAGCUUUCAAAGUGAUGAAGAAACCGUCGCAUAAAUUGAACGUAGUAAAAGAGUUGGUUGAUGUUAAAGUGAACGAUCCCGUUUCACAAGAUUUUACGAGCGAGGGUGUUACUGAGCGCAUCUCCAAAUACAACACUUUCGUUGAUAACGCUAAGCUACGCGCUUACCUGCGUUCAGUCGGGGCGAUUGACACGUCUGAGCAAUCAGAAAGCUUCGCCCAAACACGAUUAAAAGAAUUAACUGGGAAACAGAGCAAAUCAGCAGAAACACCGCUUCGACGAAUGACUUCGAGCAGAAUGUCGGUUCUGUCGCCAUCGCAACUACUCGAUAAUCAAAUAAACGAGUUAAAUAGUCGGAUAGACAAUCUAAACUCCGAGUUGACAACUAUACUUAAAUCCACGUCGGACAUUGCGAAGAAUAUCAAAAAUCUUGAAGCCAGCGGUACGUCGCCGGAGAUAUUACAGCGUCGGCGCAAACAAUGGGAAGAACACGAAUUCAGGAAAAACAAUGUAAUGAAAAAGUUGAAAUUACUUGAGGCUGAAAUAGCUCGUAAAGAGAAAGAAAGAGCCACGUAGUGGCUUCAAACAAUGUAGAUAAAUAUAAGAAAGCACUAAAAAAGACAUUUUAAAUGUUUAUUUUAAUAUUUUAAUAUAAAUGCCAACUCUUUCAAAUUCAGGGCAGUAUUUGAAAAAGUAGGCAGAAUUAUUUUUAACUUUUUUUUUUUUUUUUUUUUACAGAAGAAAGUUGACUUAAAGAUAUUUUAGUCUAAAAGAAUGGUUUGUGAUAACAUUUCCAAGAUCUUUAAGUCAACGGAUUUCUGUGGUAGUAAAUAAUAUAUUCCCUGAUGGUUAUACAUUGUGCAUAAUAUUUAUAAUAUAAAAACAUAUUUUUUCAUACCAAUAAUUUAUUUUAACGGCGGGCAACGGAUACAUUAAAAACAUUAUUUUUACUCUAUUAACAUUAAUCAACACAUUUUUUCAAGGUAAUCAAUCAUUUUUUUUCACGUGAAGGGCGAAUUUUGAUGAAAUUAGUUUGUACUUUUAUGGAAUGUGAUUUUAUACUUGUAUAUAUUCACGACUGAUUGUAAAUUGUUUUAUAAGGCUGCACGUUGCGUGUUGUGUAUUUGAAAUACUAUCAUAUCUAUCCA